UCGGAAAAUGAAACAGAUGAUGACGUGACACCAACAGUGCAGUUGGACAAAAUAAAGAGUGAUCUGAAAGGCGGAAGCGCUCGGGACCAGGCUAUCAAAUGGGUUGAUGCGGUUUUGGAUAAAAGUGUCCCGGGGUUGGAAAUAGAAUAUGAAAAGCUAAAGAAAGAAACGAAACCAGGCGAUACAAAAGCAUUUAACGAUAAUCCGGACCGCAAUCUCGAUCAGGUAGUCAUUGAAAAACGCAUCCGAAACGAUUUUUCAUUCUACUCACUUUUUUGUGCAUCAUUUUGUAGUAUUUGA